AUGCUUCUCUCCACUCCCUAUAUGAGUGUCACGGGCGCAAGGGAUCAGACCUUACCUCCGGGCGUGCUGGCGAGUGCGUGGAAGGUGAUGGGGAAGCAUUUGCCGCGUCAGUCGAAACCACGCCAAACCUAUCAGAAAAAGAAUCGUCGGGAACAAAACUCACUCCACCCUGUUCGUAGUCCAAUUCUUCCAUCCUACCAACACGAACAAAGAGAUCCAGGCGUUUAUCUAAAUCCCCCACAUAACGAGUUUGACAGAGCCGCUUACUCCGCAUUUAUGGAAGAAACCGUACUUCCAAGGACAACGAUUCCAACCGAUGUUCCAGCGUCAACGAAACUUCUGCCUACCAAUGUCUCCAUGUUCCCCUUGGUGCUGGGUGUCCUGGUUGGUCUGGCUGUCCUCAUUCUUCUCAUCCUCCUCCUUAUUGCUCUGGGCUUUCGAACCCGUCGUCAAAGGGCCGCAUAUGCGCGUCGAAAGGCCCUUUCUGACCAAGCCAAUACAGAGACAACUUUAUCAGAAACGGAUAAAGUACAGCAGCAACAGCAACAGCAACAACAGCAGCAGCAUCAAUCUGCGCCCUCUCUGACACAACAAGCAAGCAGCGCAAAUAGCUACGGCUAUCAACAGAGUAGUGAUAGUGGUGCUGGUGGUGGGAUCGCUUCUACUUACCUACCGCACACCAUGUUUGCAGCGGAGACUUGUUGGCCUGCUGGACUUCAGCCGGUCCCACAGGGAAGCAAUUAUUUCAACGAGGAGACGCCAGGAGUUGCGUUCCCACCCCUAGCAAGAGAUUCGGGAUCACAUGGAUAUGUACAGCUUCCUGUCUCCAACUCACACAAUAGCGGACUUGUGUACAGCCAUCAGAGCAGCACCACCACCAUGAACCGCUCAGCCAAUCACCUUCUUCCCUACUCAGUUCCGCACACUUGUGUGCCAACGGAGAGUUUUUCAGUAGCCCCAAGGAUGUGCUCACCGGCGGUGAACUCCAGUCUCUCUACGGAAAGCGAUCGUUUCUCAGGCCAAGCUAGCAGUCACCCCUCAUCGUUUCAACCCUUGUACCCAUCUUCCGGAGCUGCCCACAUCUCUCCACCGAGCCUUAGGAGACAGAAUCAGCUUCAUACAACACAUCCACAACAGCAAUUAUGGGUAGGAUAUGACGAGAGUCCAGUUACCUCUGCAGAAGCUUCCAAUCCUCUUUUGAUGACCCAGGGAGUAGAAGAUCUCCAAGUCGCCGUCUCCGCGUCUUUUGAGAGUCUAAUUGAACCACCAGAGAGCUUCAAAAAUCACCCAAAGUCUACAGAAUUACUGAUGGACACGGUGCCCCCACGCAUGGCACAACUUCGAAGGCUGGAAAAGUCCUACGAAGGUAAUCAGAGCUGGAAGUGGCGGGAUGGGCAGUUUAGUGAUAAUUGA